GCGUCGUGUGACCGUGUGACGUAUGUUAUACGCAGUCAACUUUAGUCACCUUGAGUUAUCGGUCGCGAGUCGCAGAUCGUCCGGGAAUGUUGGCGUUACAAGAAGCUGAGAGCUCGUAUCAACGUAUUACUCGAUCGUGUCGCAGUAUUAAAAAUGCCCCUCGUUCCCCGUAAUUGUUACAAUUAACAUUUAUCGAUCCGCGCGAUUAAUGACUGGUAAGCCUAGAAAAAAAAUCCUAACCUAAAUUAAUCGUCUUCUAAAUACUUCUCACUCGAAACAGAUAUAUCUCGCGCAUCACGCUUUAAAAUUAUUAUUCAGAUAUAAUUUGCUCGUCAUUUUCGGAUUGAAAACAUGGAAUCAAAUGAAUCGAAUGACAAUGAUUCAAGUUCAUUAUUGAAUGAAAAAGCGUGAUGUACAUAGAUCGUGUUACAUAUCGUAAUAUUUAUCUCACGCGCACAAUAUUGAAUUUUGAAUUAUCUAUAUAUCGUUAGAUGGCACUUUAGCCAUUGACUCAUUUUUGUAGAAACAUGUAGUAUCAAGGUGAAAUUAUCGAGAUAUAUCUUUCUUAAACUUUCUUUGAUUAAAAAAGCAUCGCAGAUGUGGGACAGAUCGAAUUAUUUGUGUGCUAUUUGUUAACAUCUCGGAGGGCGAUGACAGACUUGGCCGUUCACUUAUCGAGGGCCAAGAAGAUCAUAGCUUUCGCAUUGUUUUUUUGUUGUAUUAUAAUAAAGUGCGCGUUAUAUAUGUGAUUGAUAAGAUCGGGAGUGUCGUACAAAGUGUCGCGCGAUUGUCGUAUUCUAUUGAUUAGUGCGCGUGCGAUGCAAUUAACAGUAUUUUCGUGAGUGUCCUGUGAGUGCCAUGACGAAGCAGCGAGAGAUGAACAAGAGAGAGGAAGAAGAGGAGCAGGAGAAGGAGAUCGAGGAGAUAUCGAAUUACGAUGAAGCAGCCGUGAGAGAUCAAUUCGGCAAACUCUCGUCUCGCGCAUAAAACCAAUGAAAGGGAAGAUGUUUUGGGCCUAAAGUGUAUUUUCCAUUCAACCUUCUCGUCGGAAUGUUGUACGCCUACUGCAUUCCCACGAGUGAAAGCUUAAAUGAGAAUCCCUGGGUUUUAUUGUCGACUCUUCACGGAGCGUACCACGAUGCGCCCUUACGUCCGACCCUUGUCAAGGCAGCAUGGCAUCGUGGGUUAACGUGACCCAAGCACGACGUUCAUCCGUAUUUCCUACCUGGGCCCAGGUAUCGGACCAGGCCCCACAAGUAGAGUUGUGCAAUGAUGGGUCUGCAGGCGACGGCAGGAAAACGCAAAUUGGAGGGUGGUGUUGGCUGCAUGGAAUUCCAUAUGGACUUGGGCGAGAGUCCGUCGAAGCUCGGACGCGUGGACGGUAGCUGGUGGGCGAUGGACGACAGUUAUGGACCGCCCUUGAACCAGACGUCGACGUCGUAUUACGAGAUGGAGGUGAGCUCACCCUGCCUACAGGCAACGAACCCGUGCCAGCCCACGGCGACGGGUUCCUCGCAGCAGCAACAACAACAGCAACAAUCGCAGCAACACUCGUCCCAACAGCACCAUUCAUCUUCCCAAUCAACGCAACAGGCGCAACAACAACAAUCGCAACAGCAACAACAAUCGCCGGCGUCACCUUCGACAUCGGCCUCGUCUACGGUGACGCAAUUACAUCACCAACAUUACUAUCAUCACCAGCGCGGCGCCGUCAGUCCAAUCGGCAACAACGGUUAUAAUCAACUAUCGAGAUCUCAGCCGCAAUGGGGCGCGCUUCAUCAUUAUGAACCGCCGACGAUACGUCGCGAGGAGAACGGCAAGAGUUACUUGGAACUCGGCUCGAGUUAUCGAGCGAACGAGCGAUGUUGCGAAGGCUCCAAAUCGAGUUGGUGCCGACGCGGUCGAGCCUGCUACCGGCAGCGACGACUCGCCGUUUUGAACAUCUCUAUGUGCAAACUCGCCAGGUACCGCCAGUUCCCGGAUCCAAGCCUCCACAGGUCGGUAUUGAUCUGCAACACUUUGAGACACCUGGAACGUGAGAUGGAGAGGGACAGGAGUCCGCCGCCCAUGGAGCCGGUCGUACCGGCACCGAUAGCUCAAUUGCAACCGCCUGAGCAAGGCAGGUUAACGCCUUUCCCCGUGCCACCGACGUCGUCGGGAGAGACCGACGUCGAUUCUGGCAUCGGCGACAGCGACGACAGCCGAUCGAUUAACUGGGGCAGCGUGCUAUCCUUGUCGAGCCAGUCGCCGCUCGACCCGCUCAACAACAACGAACUACUGGACGUGGACAUAGGGCCCGAUCUCGACCUGGACUUCAUGCCCGGGUGGAAGUUGACGCCCCUCUCGGCGGACGACAUCUUGAGAAGUACAACGACCCAGGAACAGCAUCAUCAUCACCAUCAUCAUCACCACCAUCACCAUCAUCAGCAUCAUCACCAUCAGCAGCAGCAACAGCAGCAGCAGCAGCAGCAGCAGCAACAUCUAAUGUCCUCGGGGAACAGUUGCGGCAGCAGCUGCGGCAAUAGCAACGUUGGUAGCACCAGUGUCAACAACGUCGGUAGCAGCAGUAGUACGCACGAAUCGUUGAUGUGCGUAGGAUCAUAGCCCUCGACCUUGACAUCGUUGAGUCACCUCAUCGAUUUCUAUCCCCUGACGCCGUAGGGGCCAAGUAGAUCCCCAACGACGGUCAGCACGCGAAAAUCCUGCGAAAAAGUCCCUGGAAGGCGCGCGGGCGAGAGGCGGCGAUGAAUAUAGCUCACCCUCUCUCUGGAGCGUUCGACGUCUGGCCGGCGACUCUCGAGGAGCCGCCUUCUUCUCUCUUCGCGUUAAUUUAUUGUCGCGUCAAUUACACACGUACACAUGCAUACGGACAGACGGAUACGAUACCGAGUAAUCUCCUGCGACACUUUCGUUCUUCCUUCGCUCUUUUUAUCACCGCUGUUAUGACUGCUACCACAGUGAGCUCUAUUGCUACUACUUUUAUUGCUAUCCUCCCGUGACUAUUUACCACUAUCGUUACGGUUACUUCUACUACUAUUGCUACUCUACUUCUAGUACUACUAUUACUACUAUUACUAAUAUUACUAUUAUUACUAUUAUUACGCUAUCGCUAAUUAACGUCUCCCACAAUAAGUAUCUCCCCGAGGGACGGACGCGUCAUGACACGCGGCACAUUCGCAGGUGCAGACAAGACAACAGAGCGCUCUGAGAGUUAAAAAGGCGAGGGAGGGGGGGUUGAAGAAGAAUCUUUACUGUCCGCGAGCCGACAGGUGCUGCUAUUCGCGUCGGAUAAUCCUAUGUCCCGGCAGAAAUUCGGACGGUUUUCGUAUUGGACUAUCAUGUAUAUCAUUUUCUCCGCCGUGGAAUUUCGAAGCCAGGUGUAAAUGCGAUUAUCACUUAUCUCAAAAUAAGCCGUAAGAUUUGAGAAAACUAUCGGUAAUGGUCAAUUCUCCAAUAAACGUACAAUGGCGGUCGAGACGUGCAAUUCUGCAUUCGGCGCCUGAUAAGACGCACCUGGAAAAUUAAAACUUUCCAUAGUUGCAUCUGCAAGCUUGAAGAUUCAUUCAGUGAAUGUUUGGAAAAGCGAUUAAGACAUAUGCAAAAGAUCCGAGGAUGGAAAAGAGAGAGACAGAGAGAGAGAGAGAGAGAGAGAGAGAAAGAGAAGGCUUUUUUAGCCGCACGUCGAAUACGAGAAGAAGCUUUCUCUUCGAGGUCGGAAAACUAUGAGAACACUGUGAUCGAAGUCACUUGGCUUGGGGGAGUUUCUGCUUCCUCUUCUGUACGUUCUCCCCCUCUUCGUACGUUAUAUUCUGAAAUUACUGGGGAAGGUCGUCCGAGAGAUCUUUUUGAUGAAAUGACGCUCAAGAGCAGAGUCUACGGACUCUGGGCGAAUGUGACCAAUCGAUGAUAACGUCGAUGAUACACCAUUCGCGCGUACCCAGCAUGUAACCAUGUAUACACAUUCACACAUAAUAUAUAUAUAUUAUAUAUACGACCGCCGUGGCCUAUAUUAUACGCAUGACGCACGAAGAAACACGCGCGAGUGCAAGCGCACACACAAGUCAUAUGGUGCUACAGGGCGGCUGUAGCCUGGUGCUUCUUUUCUCUAAGGACAGACAAACACGCAUACAGACACAUACAUACCUUAAGCCGAACGCGUACCGAAUUCGCACGGAUCGCUCCGUCGCUCGGGGUCGUCGUGACGCGUCCUACUGUCGUAAGCGUGAUACGAUGUAAAUCGGAGACGUCGGCGUCUCGAUCGAGAAAGUGGUCGCACCAUCGCCCAAAUUAUUCGAGUAUUUGAUCUCGCGUGUGUUGAAGAUCGUCAAAGAAUAUCUGUCAGAUAUCUCGUCAAAAAGAAAUUGUUGAACCAAGAUAGAUAGGUAGAUAGAUAGCUUAAUGCGACUCAGUCUCGAUUGUUUACAUGUUGUAAGAAUGAGGAAUGAUGAAAGAAAGGGUUUAAACAUUUUGCGUUGGAGCUACAAGAUAUGUUUGGGCUGUGCAAUAGAAUGCGUGUUUUUAAUAUUAGUGAGUGUAUCGGCAAGAACAUUAACAUCGUCAAGAACAAAAAUUAUUUUCAUACAGUGAUUAUACGAAAGAUCGUCUUAGGAAUAAUAUUUGUCUAUCUUGAUUUUAACAUUCUAAGAGAUAUGCACACAUAUGUAUAUAUACAUCUGAAAGUACAAAUAAUUCUAAUAUAUUUAUUAUUUUAAUUUCAAAGCGACGUAUGUUUCUUGUCGUGAACACUCACUCUAGUUAACGAUAACGAUUUACAACUGACGAUUAUUCUUUCAGCAAAUAGUAAUAUUUAUCUAGAAAUUUUUUUCUUACACCAAGCCAUAGUAAAGAAAUAUAUGCCAUGAUUCAAUCACGAAGUCUAAUCGUAAGUCGAAAUAUUAAAAUUAAGCAUGCAAAGUAGUCCAUUAGGUUUUCAAAGUCCAUUAAGCUCCAACGCAAUGAGUUAGCCCUAAAAUGCAUGACAUAGGUCAGUGAUGAUGACUCAACCAUCGUUUUAAAUGCGAACUCCACAUUAACUUUUAUCAAAAUGACCAUGAGUCUACAAAUUUCCUGUUUAUAAAUAGGAAAAUAUGAAGAGGAAAAAAGAAUAACAGACGAUAAAUAUAAGAUAUAAAAAGCGAGAAAAACUUUUAUAAUUUAAAUUAAAGAUAUAUAGAAAAAAUAUAUAUACAUAUAUUCUUAAUGAGAAAUUAAUCGCAGUGAUAAUCGAGUUACAACGAGCAAAAAAAUACUUUUUAGAAAUAUGAAUCUACUCUUUCAAUGUCACAUUUAAAAAAAAAAACUGGAGUAAUUGCAGUUGUGAGUGGAACGAAGCAGGACCCAUGUCAUGCGUUUGCGUGCGUAUGUGUUAUAUGUAAUAGACGAUGCAUCCUAAGGAGAUUAAGGCGAGACGCCGGCGCCUUCGUGUGAAUAUCUUGUGUCUCGACGUACGACGUCGACAAAUGUACCUGCAUUUUAGAGAUCGGGAUAACGUUCUCCCCUUCGGAUCGUCGCACGGUGGCCACUGCGCGUCACUGAUCUCCCAUAAAUGUAUCAUAUGUACACAUAUUAAAUAUAAACUAGAGAGUGGCCGGCGUGCGCGCGCGCGUGAAGAAGGCGAACGCUCGAGAGUUAAGGUCGAUUUGAAGCCCAUCCUCGACCCCGGACGCAUCUUCUCGCGUGGAUCCGUACGCGAUCUCGCCCUCAACGUCCACGAAUUCAUUCAAGAGAGCAGCUAUACUUAAAAGCUAAACGAUUUAAGAAAGUCUAACGUUACGAAGAGAAUAUAAUAACUUAUCGACUCGACUGAUUACUUAAACGAGUGGAUGAAUGAGAGUGUGCGAGAAAGGGACACAAGAACACAAGGAGUGUAAAAGGAGUGCAUGUGUGUAAAAAGAAAUGUAAUUAUAUAUCACGAUAGAGUUGGAUUUAAAUUGUAAUUAUAUAUAUGAUGUUCUCUCUCUUAUGAUGACACGCGGGACAUAUACGCAUACACAUAUACAUAACACGUACGACAUAACACAUAUACACAGAGAUAUACGCGAGAUAUACUAUAGAUACUUGUUGUAUAUAUUAUAUAUAUAUAUAUAUAUAUUAUAUAUGCGUUACUUACUAAGCUAAGCUCUUAAGUAUAAGCGCGCGAAUCGUCGAGAAAGAAGAAACCCUUCAUCUCACCCUAUGAACCGCUAUCCUCGAUCCUUCCUCGAGUUCCAUUUUCUACUUUGUACUAUAGCAUUACGAUCGGCACCCAUCUUCUGUCACAUCCCUCUUUCCCUCCUCCAACCCCCUUCUAAACGAUAAUGCUCCCCCUCUCUCUCCGCGCGAUUUCUUCAAAUACGACGAGCAAUAUUACUUUUAAUGAGCGCGGGGAGGGUUUAGAUAAAGGAAAAAGCGUACGUACAAACCGAUGCAUCUGAUCGCGCGAGAGUGUCACACACGAGAUUUUAUGUAUGGCGUUACAUAUACAUUGUAUGCGCGUUGGGUGUCGAACACCUAUCGUAUAAUAACGGUGGGUGAAUCGCAGAGAAUCGCAGAACAUGUGUGAAGAUUCGAAUCUCUCAGGGAAAGAGCAGUGAUUAGGCGAAAGCGAUAGCUCCUUUCCGAUCAAGAGAGUUGGUUUAUAGUAAGGUAUCGGCUAAGAAGCUGUCAUCAUCUUACUAUGCUGCACAGAAUUUGAAUUCGCCGAAUAGAUAGUGAUUUAACUUUUUGCGAAAAAUAAAUUAGAUAGAAAGUGUACAUUUGAAAUUUUGUAAAGUUUAUCCCCGAAAAAAUUGAGAAUAUAUAUAAUUAUGAAUUAUUUCUAACUAGAAAAUUAUAUUCCAAAAAGAGAAAUUGAUGGAAAGAUUACGCGAUGUUUGAGAAUGCAUUGUGAACGGAAGUGAAUAAACGGACGAGUUUUUUUUCACAUUUCUAAUUCGAUUCACCCUCCGAUUUAUUGUACGCUGAAGGAGGGAUUCGCGGCGUGCGACGUGCGUUUGACUGCUCCGCAGAAAAACAAUGUGAUGCAACAUCUUUUUCUAAGAUUUUCUAAAUCAUUCAUAUAUUUAUAUAUCUUCAUAUUUUAUAAUCAUUCGUAAUUAUAAUUUACUAUAACUCGAUUCAUAAUUUAAUUAAAAUUGAAUGAUUUUAUAAUUAAAUAUUAUAUAAUAUAUUUUAUAAAUAGAUUACUAUUUUUUGUUAUCGCACACACUUAGCGAAAUGAAGUGUGAUAAAACGAUAAUUUAGUAAAUAUUGCCGCUCUGAAAAUAUGCAAAAAUAUCUUGUGCACUACGUUUUUCAGUGGAGCAGCCGCAUUGUUCUUCCACGAUAUUGUUGAGCAAGCAAAGCUAUUGGAAGUGAUUAGCACCGCGUCGUACAAUCGCGCGUGUUCCAAGUCGCGUUUCUAUAAAUUAAGAAACCCCUUCUCUUCAAUCGGGAACAGAUCUAAUAUAUGUUAAAAAAGUAACUUAUAUAUAUAUAUGUUUCUCUUCAAAUUAACAGAAUACAGAGAAGCGCAAAAAUCUAAAAUGCGUGUAUUCUCUUCUGAAAAGAAAUUUUAUUGUAAACGAAGGGGUUACGAAGACCGAUGCGUCUCGUGCCAGCAGCGUCUCGCGAUCAUGUCAAUCGUAGAUCUAUACGUAAACAACAAUUGAGGAGCAGUCGUAAUCGAUUGCUACAUACAUAGGUUCAAUGAAUCAAAUUCGAUUGCUAUUCGACUGUUACCAGAGCCAUUGUCUUCGCUGACAUGGCGCGAUCGACAAUAGUCUACGCGAAGAUAAUUACGAGUAGGCGAGUUUAUACAAAAGAGUUAAAGAUUAAAAUAGUGAAAUUUCAAUAUAUAGAAAAAACUCUAAUAUAAAAGAAACAUUUGAAAUGCAUUUAUCGGUAUUAUAUCUUUAGUCUAUGAUUAUUCUAUCUGUAAAGUAGCAUAUAAGAAAGUUGUGAUUCUUCCUUAGAGAAAAUCUAAAGUCCGCUUGCGUGUCUGACGAAUCCCUUCUCAGACAUCACAAUUAUCUGAAUGACAUAUAAGUAUAAUUGUCAAGUAUCCGCUGGGAUUUUUCGGCUUCCUUCGCAAGACUAAAUGCAAACAUUAGCGCUGCUGGCAUCGAUUCGUUGAGGUUCUUCGCGAUCACGCGGACGCGUAACUCGCCAUCGGAUACGCGCGUUUCGUGAAGUGCCUAAAAACCGCCGAAAGAGAAAGUUACGGCUGUUAAAACCCGACGGCAAGGUCGCGCGUGAGUCUUCGGCACGCCGACGUGCAUACGAUGUGCGACACACUCUAACACGAUUAUCGCGAGUCUCUUUUUCUUAUUAUUUUUCCUUUCUUUUCUAAUGGGACAACGGAUGGAGGCGUCUGUAAAUAGUAUAAAUAAUGCGAGAUACGUUUUAAGUGAAAAAUGAAAAGAGGAUAUAAUAAGACUAAUAUUGAGAAAAUAUAUAUAUAAAUAAGAUAUAUAUUAUAUAUAUUAUAUAUAAAGAAAAGUGUAUAUGUACACGCGUGUACGUGUGCGUAUAAGAUUAUUAUUAUUAUUAUUAAUAUUAUUAUUAUUAUUAUUAUAUAUACAUAUGUAUGUAUAUAUUUAUCUUGAUAAAUAAUAUAAGACGGCGACGAGCUCGCGCAAUCGAUUCUUCCUCAUCGUCGUGGCGAUAUCUGGAUGAGAUUCGUUUUUAUUUACGCGUAUAACGAUUGUUUGAUAUGAUGACGCUUCCUCUCAUUCUCAAGUUUUCCCGAAACUAUUUUUUUGCCGAUAGACAGAUUUCUACGAUCAAAAAUUGUUGCAUUUUGCGCAGACUCUGCAAGAUUAAAAAUUUAUACAAUAUACGUGAUAUUUUUCUCUUAGUGUGAACGACUCAUGCCAAGUUUAUAAUUAAUUUCAGCAUUGUCUUAUGCAGAAAAUUAUAUACGAUUAUUUAUAUCAUUCUAUGUCUGAUCGAAAAUUCAAUUACAUGCGCGCACAUAAAUAGUUUCGGAUCGUCAUUAUGAGAACUCGUUCAAUUUCGACCUUGUUCCUUUAUCAUGAGAAAAUUGUGAGCGAAGAGUAAAAAUUCCAGGCGAAAGGAACGACGAGAAAUUGUCGAUGGGGAAGCGGUCGGAUGCGCCGAUCCUCGCGCCGUCGUAAAAAAUUAGGGCAGGAAGGAUGCACGACGUUGUACAUUGUAAAUAAUAGCGCGAAGGAUGACAGUUACAGAGAGAGACAGAGUUAAUUAAUUUAAAAGAAACGAGAAAGAAAAAAAUAUGGGAUAAAAAAGAGGCGAUCGCGAAUCAAGACGGGCCGUCAGGUAAACGCACGGCAUUUCCGGGUCAUCCGGUUCACACAGCAUUUUCCAGAAGCUUAAUAGCUGUCCGUCGUCGGGCUCGACGAAGGCUCGAGAGCGAUCUCUCCAGUGCUGAUUGACCUUUAGUGCCGGCUUUCGCGCGGCUUCGCCAAUUUCGCGCGAGCGGAUCCGCGAACGCGAUCGAGCACUCGGAGACUUCGCUGAAAAUUAUCAUGCGCUCUCAAAUGUAUGAAAAACUCUCUUCGAGUCAUCGUCCGCCUUGUUACUCGACCUUGACGCUGUGCACUCGCAACGCGCGCGCCGGAUGCGCGCGUUUUAACCAAGCCCGCGGAGAUCGUUACUCCGAGAGAUGCGUAAUUGUGUAUCGUCGACGAUCACGUGCCGAUCACUCGAUCAUAAUGUAAGUAAGAAGGAGCGUGGCGUUGCGAGGCCGCUGCGUUGAAGAAAUAAUGCGGAGAGAAGGAACAAUGCAAACAAUUGUUAACGAGCGCGUGAUGAGUUUUGAGCGAUGACACCGGCGACGGUCAUCAGCUGUUCGAGCGAGCAGAACGCGUGCGACUCGAUCGGGCCCACGUUUGUACUUGCGCACAAAAGCACGUGUGCUCCUCGAUCAUUUAGGAAUUGAGAAAGAUUAAUCGGCAAAUGCGGGAGAACGUGUUAUAUGUGGGAAAUCGCAAUUACUCUAGUCCUAUAUGCGGUCGACGAAUAAUACGGCACACGUGUGUGUUCGCGAGUGAUCGGGCGUGUCGCCAUUUCUUUUCGUUUCUCUUUGUUCUGAAAAUCGUGGAGUUGUGUAUCGCGUACUGUUCUACCAAAAUAUAUUAGCAGCAACAGCAGCAGCAGCAGAACUGACAGUCAAAAUGGGGAAUCGUUUAACUGGAUAUUGAAUGACAAAAGUUGAAUAAAAAGAAACUGCAGCGCACGUGCGAUAUGAAAAACGACAAGAACUAUCAAAAACAAUAAAGAGUAUUAUUCUAUAUAU